AUGAUGGACAAUCAGCCGCCCCUCACAUCACUGGAUGAAUCCAGUCAUGGGAACCCACCAGAGAGAUGUCCCCGUCCUCUGUAUUCCCGGGAUUCCACACAGAAAGGUCACACCAUCCCUCACUAUUACAAGGUUGGUGGGACAGAGAGUCUAGAACAUGGACUCAUGGAGACAAUGUGCGGAUUUUCUAUGUGAUACUGGAAAGUAGAAGAUGAGGUAGAUGGAUCCAGUCAUGGGAACCCACCAGAGAGAUGUCCCCAUCCUCUGUAUUCCCGGGAUUCCACACAGGAAGAUCACACCAUCCCUCACCAUCAUCAGGUAGGUGGGACGGAGCGUCUAGAAAAUGGAGUGAGAUCACAACAUCAGGUUGGUGGAUUCAAUCAUGGGAACCCACCAGAGAGAUGUCCCCGUCCUCUGUAUUCCUGGGAUUCCACACAGGAAGGUCACACCAUCCCUCACCAUCAUCAGAGUGGAAACCUGAGAGAUUCUACAGUUGAGGUUAAAGAAGAGAUAAAAGAGGAGGAUGAGAAUGGUGUGAUGGAGGAGUCAGAGCUUCUAAAGGAACACAAAAAUCUGUACCAGGACACCAUGGAGGAGUCAUCCAGCUACAGGAACCCACCAGAGAGAAGUCCCCAUCCUCUGUAUUGCCGGGAUUCCACACAGGAAGGUCACAUCAUCCCUCACCAUCAUCAGAGUGGAAUCCUCGAGGAUGAUAAUAUUGAUGUUAAAGAAGAGUAUAAAGAGGAGUAUGGAGUGAUGGAGGAGUUUUCAGAAGGACACAAGGAUAUGAUGGAGCCACCUAAUACCAGGAACCCACCAGAGAGAUGUCCCCAUCCUCUGUAUUCUCGGGAUUCCACACAGGAAGGUCACACCAUCCCUCACCAUCAUCAGAGUGGAGAUCCAAUCGAUAUAGAAUUUGAGGUGAAAUCAGAAGAAGAAGAGGCGUAUGUGAGGGAUGAUCAGCAGUCUAUGGAGGAGGAUGGAAUAACAGGGACAUUUAUAGAGGAGGACACUCCUACAGAGAUCAGCACAGGUGGGUCAUGAACACUAAAUCCAUUCCUCCACCCAUACUGCUGGCACAAAAUUG